CAUAUUACAUAAUUACCGAUGCUGAUGCACAGUGAAUGGUUGAUAUUUCUUUAGAGAUUCCCUUUAUAAUGAAAGGUUAACAUAAUUCCUUGUAAUCUUAAGUUUUCUACCUUUUGGAGAUUAUCUAGUCAAAGAUGUCCUUCCGCCGAUGCUGAUUACUUAUCAUCGUCACAUAUAUUGAGAUUGCAGUGAUUUUUUCAUGUGGUAAUGGAUUGGAAGAUUUUCCAACUGAUAGUGCUAUAUAUAGGUUAUCUAGGCCUUUCAGUUGAAUCUCAAUGUUUAGAGAAUAAUGAUACUCAUAAAUGUAAAUUAGGAACAAAGACUCCUUACAGACUCAUAGCUAAUCUUAAUGAUUCUCUGAUCAAUUAUCCAGGAUGUAUCGAGAAAAAAAUUUGGCUCUUGGUACGACAUGGUACACGAUUCCCAGGAAAAAAAUAUGUUCCAAUCAUGAUGUCCAAGCUUCCUCAUCUACAGGAAUUGAUAUUGUCAAGCUAUGUAGCAAAUAGAUCAAGACUUAUGCCUGAUCAUAUUUCUCAAAUUGCCAAAUGGAAACUUAAUUUUGCUGAGGAUGCUGUUAUGAAACUUGCUGAAGAAGGUGAAAGGGAGAUGAUCGAUCUGGCUGAAAGAUUUCAGUCAAGGUUUCCUACACUAUUCCCAGAAAAGUACAGCAAUCUUACAUAUAAAUUUAAAUACACUGCAACGCAAAGAACAGAGGAAAGUGCAAAACACUUUGCUCUUGGGUUAUUUGGACUCCAAGGAAGCAAAGACGUUUGGUUUCCUGAACCAGAAUAUAGAGACCCUAUAUUACGAUUUUAUAAACGGUGCCAGCGAUGGCGCAAGGAAGUAGAUAAGAAUCCAAAGGCAUAUGAGGAAGAACAAAAAUUCAUACAGAGUUCUGUAGUAUCCGAUACAUUGAAAGAUAUUUCCAGUUUUCUAGGAUUCCAAGUUGAUUAUGAGGCUGCCAAUUUAAUGUAUACAAUAUGUGCUUUCGAAACUGCUUGGUACAGUAAUUCAGAAUCUGCUUGGUGUAAUGUUUUUCAGCCAAAACAUUUCAAAGUCUUAGAAUUUGCAGAGGAUCUAAAAUAUUAUUGGAUUGAUGGCUAUGGGUAUCCUUUAACAUAUGAGCAAGCAUGUCCUGCACUGCGUGACAUGUUUAAUUUUUUUCAAUCCAAAGAAGACGCUAACGUUACUGCCUAUUUUACACAUUCUGGUACAAUUUUAAAAUUACUUUCUUUGAUAAGAGUUGCGAAAGACAUAGAACCAUUAAAGCAUGACUCGUAUACUUUACACGAAGACCGUCGUGUAUGGAGAGUCAGUAUGAUUGAUGCUUUUGCAUCAAACCUGGCAUUUGUUCUUUACGACUGCAAAUCUAAGAAUCCAGCUAUUUUGGUAAUGCAUCAAGAACGAAUAGUGCAUCUUCCAGGAUGCCCAAAGAAUAUGCCUUGUCCACUUUCUAUCAUGAAAAAUCUUUACCCGGACAAUGAGGAGGAGUGUCAAUUCGAUACCAUGUGCGGUCUAGACGGCAAUGUUUAAGAGCCCAUGAAUUUUAUUUGGAGCAGUCUCUAUCCGAAAUAUUUAGUUGCCUUUCAGUCGUUCAUCAUUAUGCAGACUGUUAGUUUACAUUGGAGAGUCAACAUCUGAAGCUGAAGCAUAAAAAUAGUCUGUACGUUAUAAAUCAUGGCGCAGCUUAAUUGCUUGAACUCAAUUCCACAAACGUUCUUAAACAUUUUUUACAUAUAAGACAUCAUUUUAUACAUUGACGCUAUUAUUGUGAUAAUUCAAUAACACGGACAAAUAUAUACAUAUACAAGGAAAUA